UUAAAAACGGAAUGCGUUACAAAAUGGUCGUCGCUUGUUAACAAAACUUCAAAACAGAAACGCGCAAGGAUACGUUUUAGUUUAAAAUAAAAGAUUAAGAAAAAUUAAUAUUAAUAUUUGAUGUUGAUACAAGGAUUAAAAAAAAAGAAAAUUAAAAAAUAUAAAUAUAUUUUCAGAAGUGCUAAGUAAAUAUUUAUAUAAAAAAUAAUAUAAAAAGUGAAAAAGAAAUUUUGUGCAUUUAUUUAUAUAAUUAAAAUAAAAUAAUAAAAAAGUAAUAUCAAACAAAAUUUAGGGCUUUUAUCAACUUUAUAAUUUAAGCCAUUAUUUUUGUUGUUGUUGAUUUGAGUGGCGCUAAUAGGAUUUAUUACUAUGGGAAUAAUUAAACACAUCAAAGUUUAUUUAUUUCGCCCAAAUUAACUACAAAGAAAAAAACGGAUAUAAAAAAAUAAAUAAAAUAAAAAUCUUGCUUAAAAUGGCACCUGGUCACAGGCAGACAGGCGAGGUUGCACAAUAAUAGCAAUUUCCUUUAAAUAAAGAAAUGCCAAGGAAAAUUGUUAUUUAGACCAGAAAUAUUUAAACUAGAAGGCGUUAACAAUGAAAAAUAUUUCAAGCAAAUAAAUUGACUAAACGAAUACAGAAAUAAACAAGAAAAUGAAGCUAUGGAAUAUAUAAAGUGAAAUUAACAAGAAAAUGAAUUACUUAACAAAAGAAAAAAUAUCAAUUUAAAGGUUAAAUAAAAAAAUAUCAUAAUAUAAUACUGAAACAAACUUAGUAAAAGAGCUUAUAAAAUAAAGAAGUCAGCUUUAAAAUUACAAAUAUAAAAAUAUUAUUAUUUUAAAUUAAACGAAAAAAGUGUUGAGUUUGCAAAGAACAGCUUGAUAUUAUUGUUUGUCAUAAAAGUAAAAGUUGACAAUAUCCUGUAUACAAAAGAAACAAAACAUUACAUGAUAUUAAAACGUUUAAACUUUUAACGUAUCAAUUUGUAAAUUUUACGCACAAUAGUAUAAAUAUCUGAUUGUGGCUGUUGUAAUAAAGAAACACACGCAUACAGUGACAAAAACAUCAUACAAAAGAAAUUUAUUACAAAAAAAUAAAAAAGUGAAACUGAUAAAGUAUCUAUACAUUUCAAAUGGCAUAUCAAAUGAAGGCAACAAGAGAUAUCUAACAGAAGAAAAAUACAUAUAACCAGCACUGACAUACAAAUAUAUACACCGCCUCCGAUACAUGCAUAUGAUUAAAAGAAAAUAAAGGAUAAAAAUCCAAAAUAUACAUAACACCUACAAGCUGAUGUAAAAAUACAAGUAUUCAGAGAAAAAUACAUAUAAACAAAUAUACAUACAUAUCUACAAACAUUGUUACAUAUGUAUGUAUAAACAAACACCUGCAAGUCAACUUUACAUACAUAUAUUGAUACAAAUUUGUUAAAAAAGAACACAACUACAAUAAAAAUAUAUACACAAAUUCAGCAGAAACCAAGAUAUUGUAGAAAAACAGAACAAAAGGAAAAAGGAUUAUGCUAUGAAAAUGAAUCUCGCAUUUGAUACACGCAUUUUCAUACUUAUUUGUUGUUUGCUUCAAGGUUUAGCAGGCUUACGUCUCAUCAAAGUUUCAAUACCCGCCUAUAAACUAAGGGGAGAAUCAGCAUUUCUUGAGUGCCAGUAUGAGCUAAAUAAGUCGAGAGGGACGAUCGGUGGAACACAAAGUAGAAGUAGGCACAAUUAUAACAAUCACCAUCACUAUCAGCGUGGCGGUGGAGCGACAAACAUGAAUUAUGUGGAUAAUAAUGACUCACAGGGUGAAGAUGAGGUGACAGCUUAUAGGCGUAUGCGUACGCAACAACAAAUGCAGCAACAGCCUUAUCGAAGGCAACCCUAUUAUCAGCCUCUAGUGCAAGCAUAUCAAGGACAAAGGCAGGGCGGAAGUGGCAGUAGUAGUAGUAGCAGCAUAGGCAGUGCAAGUGGGAGCAUAACAACACAUACAGGCACUUAUUAUCAGCAACAAUAUCCUUAUCACUCACAACAACAACAGCAAUCAUACUAUACGCAACAAUAUGAGCAACCUGAAUAUCAACAGCACACACCACCGCCCUCACCUUACGGUCAUAGCAUCUACCGGGGAAGAACACAAACAUCAUCAUCUUCCUCCUCUUUGUCUUCCUCUUCUAUUUACCACAACAAAUAUGGCGGAGGUGUUGGUGGCGGUCAUGUUGGUGCCAGCACACAUACUGGCAAAACUUAUAUAAGUUCUAGUGGUGUCAUUGGAGGCACCAGUAGUUUUGCCCAUCAUCCUGCACGUGGCGAUGAUAGUAAUGCCGAAAGCCAUGAAAAAGACCAUGCGGAUGAUGUAGAUGAUAAUACGAAUGAAGAUGAUGAGACUGACAGUGAGGGCGUAUUCGAUAGAGACCAUGACGUUGAAGAAGAAGGCGAAGAUUUAUAUGCCAUUAAAUGGUACAAGGAUAAUGAAGAAUUCUAUCGUUAUGUGCCAAAAGCAAAUCCACCAAAAACCAGUUACAGAGUCGAUGGUGUAAGAGUUAUUGAGGAACACUCUGACAGUACAAGAGUUUUAUUACGUGGACUUACUAUAAAUUCAACAGGAUUAUAUCGCUGCGAAGUAUCAGCUGAAGCACCAAACUUUUCAUCCGUUCAAGGUGAAGGUCGAAUGGAUAUUGUGUAUCUACCACGUGAUGGCCCACAUAUCAAAGGACAACAAUUUCAAUAUCAAAUUGGUGAAACAUUAAAUUUAAAUUGUUCUUCAGGGAAAUCUCAUCCAGCAUCACAUUUACAAUGGUUUAUCAACGACCAAGCGGUUGUUGAUGGUCAUUACUUAGUACGUUACAAUGACACUGUACACCGUCAUGGCCUCAUAACGUCAACGUUAGGUCUGGAAAUGACAGUUGAUGCUCGUCAUUUUAACAAUGGUGCCAUGCGCGUCAAAUGUCUUGCAAGCAUAUCACCGGUCUUAUGGAAGGGUGGCAAGGAGAGCGUACUGCAACGAAGACCCGGCAUAAUUGAUAAUCGAGAAGCAAUGCUUUUGGUUCGGAGUUCUUCCUCAAGUUUGCAUCACUAUCGUCAAUAUAACAAUAUAUUAAAUACUUUAGCACAAUUACGAGUUUUAACUAUAACAGCAAUACUAAUGAAACUAUGUCAAUUACUAUUAUUGCACACAGAAUACACUUAAAUUACUUUAACAAAUUACCAACAAAAACAACUACACAUAUAUAGCAAGGAAAUACAUUCACAUAUAAGUAUAUACAAAUAAACAUUUAUAUAUAUUACUGUAGUAAAUAGUUUUAGCAAAUGAAUAGUUAAAUGAAUAAAUGAGCAAAUGUGAGAAAAAAGAUUUUAAAACAUGCAUAUUUUGCACUAAAAUAUACCUAUGUAUAUAUUCUAAACAGGAUGGUUGAAUGAAUAGGAUGCGUGAUUCUAAGUUUUUAUGAAUGAAUGGAAGUUAAGAUAUUUUCCAAUUUUUACUAAUGUAACUACUGGAUAACAUUUGUGUGCAUAAGUGGAUGAAUGAAUGUUUCUUCUACGAAUACUCAUGAAAAUACAUAUAUGUUACAACAUACGUAAAUACAAAACAAUAGUUUUGAAGGACUAUGUGAUUGUAGUUUGUGUAUUUGUAAAAAUCGUACUCACUUAGUUACAUACGUAUCUAUGUACAUGCUUAUGUAUUAUUGUAUGUAUAUACAAAUCUGCUUAUUGCAGUAGACAUAUUAUGUAUAUAUGUAAUUUUUAAAGUUUAUAUAAACAUUUUCGUAAAUUGUAUUA